UUCCUCUGGCUGACUGCUCCUCCAGCUGCAGUGUAGCGGGAUCCCGACUCAGUAAAAGAUGGGAGAUGCGGCAGAUGACAGAGGGAUGAGACGGACCUUCAUCGUCCCUGCCAUCAAGAGCUUCGAUCACUAUGACUUUACCAGGGCCAAGAUAUCAUGCAGCCUGACGUGGCUGGUGGCCAAGGCUUUCGGCUCGGAUGCGAUACCAGAGGAGCUGGUUGAGCCUUUCUACAGGGACCAGUACAACCAGGAGCACCUGAAGCCUCCGGUGGCCUGCCUGCUCCAGUCUGCAGAGCUCUACUGCCGGGCGGGGAGCCUGAUCCUCCGCAGCGAUGCCGUCAAACCUUUACUGGGACACAACGCCGUCAUCCAGGCCCUGGCCCAGAAAGGCCUGUAUGUCACGGACCAGGACCGACUGGUCACGGAGAGAGACCUGACCAGCACACCUAUACACAUGAGUUCCCAUCUGGCGCUCAUAGACACCCUGAUGAUGGCGUACACAGUGGAGAUGGUGAGCGUGGAGAGGGUGAUGUCCUGCAUCAACAGGUACUCCUCCGCUGAACCCUCACACAGUGACGGACACAUCCAGGAGCUGCCUUAUGACACAGAGGAUGCAAUCACCACCUGGAUUAACAAGGUGAAUGAACACCUAAGGGACAUCCUUGUGGAGGAGCAGAAGCUGAGAGAGGCUGCCUUUCAGGAGUCAAACACAGCAACACACAAAGCUCGCUACAGGAGGGAGCAUGCCCAGCAGAGGAGCGCUCCUUCGCUCCCCCUGGUGGAGAACCUGCUGAAGGACAACACAGAUGGCUGCGCCCUGACUGCCCUGCUGCACUUCUACUGCCCACAGGCCGUCAGACUGGAAGAUAUCUGCCUCAAGGAGACCAUGUCACUGGCUGACAGUCUGUACAACCUCCAGCUGGUGCAGGAGUUCUGCAAGAACAACCUGAACCACUGCUGCCACUUCAGCCUGGAGGACAUGCUCUACGCGCAUGCAUCCGUAAAGAGUAACUAUCUGGUGUUUAUGGCUGAGCUUUUCUGGUGGUUUGAAGUGGUUAAACCCUCGUUUGUGCAGCCCAGAGUCUUCGACCCGAAUGCGUGUGAGCCUGUACCCUCUAGAAAUAUGGCACCUGUAUCCAGUCCAGUCAAACAGAGCUAUGCAGACAGACCUGACAGCCCGGAAAACAUCCCUGUCGAGGGAAUAAUGAAGAGAUCUACCUCCAUGUCCUAUGUAGAUGGCUGUGUUGGGACAUGGCCCAAAGAAAAACGCUCCUCCUCUCGAGGAAUCUCCUUUGAGAUUCCUCUGGACGGAGACCCGACUGUGCUGCCCUGUGAAGCUCCCUCCCUCAGAGGUAUGACCCGGUCGGCCAGCAGUGACGGUCUAGGGUUCAAAGUUCACUAUGCAUCCCGAGGAGGCAUGAAGCGCCACCUCUCCCUCGUGCCCGUCAAUGUAAACGGCCAGAGCAGACACAUACCAGAGGAGGAUGAGGACUUCAUCUCCCACAAACCCCUGGGGCAGAACAACACAUUCUCAGUCAAGAACCAAAGCAGGCACUCCAAUGGGGUCCUCCCUGACAGCAUCCACAGCUCCAGCAAUCACCAUGGUAACCAUAGCGGCCACAUCAGCCCAUCAACCCCUCCGAGCAUUGAGGAGGCCCUGAAGAUUAUCCACGACACAGAAAGGCCCCACGCCAGCCUGGGCGUGGGGGACGGAGACAAUGGCUUCUUUCUCCACGGUGCGGAGCCCUCAGACCCUGCAGGGGCCCAAGGUCAAGGAGACGACCUGGGUUCAGCUAAGGCUCGGCUGAAUGAGCACGACCCCAACUCGGUGUCCACUGAUGAAGUUGACACGGGCAUCCAUGUGAGGACAGAGGACAUCCAGAGCUUGGAUGAGGACUCCUCCUCACUGCGAGACUAUUCAGAUAUAGACCCAGACUGUGAGGCCGUGACCAGGUCGUGCCCUCUGCCUGACCGGCUGGAGAUGGAGACAAGCAAGGAAGGAGGGCGCAAAGAGGUUGGUGACACUAAUCCUGAGGGUGAGAGGGGAAAUGGAGUUGACAGGAGUAGCCCCUGUCCCAGCUCAGCACCCACAAUCCCCAGAUCUCACACUGUCAGCCCAGCCUCGUCGUCUGGUGGCUCUGGUGGAGGCCUGGUGCGGAUGACGAGCUUUGCAGAACAGAAAUUCAGGAAGUUGGAGGGGAGGAGUAGUGGAGGAACCACACCAGAGAGUUCAGAUCUCAACGUACCGUACACACACUCGACAAGAAACAUUUCUUCUCAGAUCUCUACACCUCCUUUGCCAAUCACAUCUCCCUCCCCAGUAACACCUUCCCCCAGAGACCCCUCCCAUGUCAUAGCGUCAGAGAUGAUCCAACUGAGGAUGAAGCUGGAAGAGAAACGCAGAGCCAUUGAAGCCCAGAAAAAGAAGGUGGAAGCAGCUUUUACUCGCCAUCGCCAAAGGAUGGGCAGAACGGCCUUUCUGAAUGUUGUGAGAAGGAAAGGAGUCACACCCCCCAUCAGCCCUAGCUCAGGGGGAGCAGAAACACCUUCCCCAGAGCCACUCAUGUCCUCAAAGGGAAGCAGCCAGAGCAGCAUGGAGCGGGCGGAGAGGUGCAAGCCAGAUGGAGCAGCUCCAAAAUCGCCCUGUGAAGAUGGCGGAGGUGUUGCUCCAGGAGAAAUCGACCUUGCAGAAUACACACGCUCCAUUGAGAGACUAAACACGUCACUGGGCUUCCUGCAGACAGAAAUGCAGCGUUUGGCCCAGCAGCAGGAGAGGAUCAUGGCCAUGAGAGAGCAACAACAACAAGCCUGGGUCAUUCCUCCUCCUGCUCCAUCUCCGCACAGGCAGCUGCGUGAGCUGCGUAGCAGCAGUGUAACAGGCCGGGGAUCAGGCCGAGGCUCGGUUGGGUCUUUGUCUCCUAUCCUGUCUUCUUCUGGCUCUCCACGUGCUCCUAAUCGUUCCCCUGCUGGCAUCAAGCGGCGGCCAGCCUCUUUCCAUGCCAGGACGCCUCGGACUCCACGACCAAAUGAUCUGAAGGUCACCCCUUUCAGCCGAAUGCUCAACACCCCCACUUCGGUGGACAGCCUACCCAGACUGAGGCGCUUCACCCCCAGCCAACCCCAGCUCUGUUCUUUCUCCUACUUGGGCAAUGAUGAGAAGUCUGGGGAAAACAAGAACCAAGAGGCCAAGAACAACAAAGAAAACGACAAAGACAAAGAAGAGACAGUGGCUAAGAAGAGUGCUGGCACUCCUCAGCCUGCUACUAAAGAAACAGCCAAAGAGAAGGAAGAUGAGCAACAGGAGAGGAGAAAGGCAGAACAGCCUCCUUUGAAGGGUGAAGUCAAACAAUCAAGGAUGUCAGAGGUGUUGCGUCAGCCGGUAUCUGAGAUCCAAGGGGCCGCAGGCAGCCAGGUCAAAGACGACCCUCAGGACAAGAGGGACCUGGUAGAGGUGCCUCUGUCUGGGCUGAAGCCUCCAGAAGGCCGCAGUCAGGAGAUGACAAGAGAGGGAGAAACUGGAGGAGACACUGUUGGAGACGAUCAAAAGAUGUGCUGUGGAUUCUUCUUCAAGGAUGAUCUAAAAGGGGAGGAGGAUAUGGCAGCAAAGAAAGCAGCACUGCUGGAGAAGAGGCUGAGGAGGGAGAAGGAGGCCCAGGAGAGGAAGCAACAGCAGGAGCUGGACCAGGAGCAGAAGAGGGAAGCUGCACGGCUGAAAGCAGAGGAGGAGCAGCAGAAGAAGGAUGAUGAGAAAGCCAGGAGGGAUUACAUCAAGAAUGAGUAUUUGAGGAUGAAGCAGCUCAAACUGAUGCAGGACAUGGACGAAGUCAUCAAACCUCGAUCUGGAAGUCUCAAGAAGAAGCCACGUCCCAAAUCAAUCCACAGGGACGUCAUGGAGUCAUCUACUCCCCCUGUGAGAGCAACAGGGGUGCGUCCUCGAGGCUUCUCAGUAUCUAGUGUUUCUUUGGCGUCUCUCAAUCUAGCUGACAACGACAGAGACCAGCCAGAUAACAGGAAGAACAACAGAGGCAAUAAAAUAGCUUCUGCACAUAUCCCAUUCUUUCUAAACUCUCCUAAAGAAAGAAAGGGAAGGCCGGACUCUGCGGAAGGUUUUUCUUCUUGUCCUUCGGCUGGAAGUCGCAACGGAGAGAAGGACUGGGAGAAUGAUUCUACCACCUCCUCCACUCCCUCUAACGCUGAGUACACAGGACCCAAACUAUACAAGGAGCCCAGUGCAAAGUCCAACAAGCACAUCAUCCAGAAUGCCCUGGCUCACUGCUGCCUGGCUGGCAAGGUCAACGAAGGGCAGAAAAACAAGAUACUGGAUGAAAUGGAGAAAUCCGAAGCCAAUAACUUCUUGGUGUUGUUCCGUGACGCUGGGUGCCAGUUCAGGUCUGUGUACACCUACUGCCCCGAGACCGAAGAAAUCACCAAACUAGCCGGCAUCGGGCCCAGGAACAUCACGACCAAGAUGAUCGAGGGCCUCUACAAGUACAAUUCAGACAGGAAACAGUUCAGCCAGAUCCCAGCCAAAACCAUGUCCGCCAGUGUGGACGCCAUCACCAUCGCCAGCCAUCUGUGGCAGACCAAGAAGCAGGGGACGCCCAAAAAACUGCAUCCUAAGUAGUGCCAGAUGGUUGGGCAAAAUUUGAACAUGCUUCUCUGGAAAGAACACAGAAGAAUUUGUGGAUUUGACUUUUUCAUUAAAGGGACAUGUGGUCCCACUGUUAUAAAUCACAACUGGAAUGUAGAACACAAGUGGGCCUCUCAGACGUUGUUGUUACAAUACAGAGCUGACUGUUACACUCUGGACUACUUAAAAGGGGCACAAGUAUGUACUUGUCAGCAUGUGUAUCAAUGUUUUCAUGUGCCAAAAAAAGAGAAGAAAAUAAUAGGCGGACCAUUGCCUUACCUAGUUGAACCACUGAAGCACUGAAUGUCACGCCUCUGGAAGAGGCAGUUUGGUUUCUAUAAGUUGAUCAUGUGUGGCCUUAUGCUUGUUUUGUGUCAUAUGGAUGCGCUGUGAGUGUUGGUGUCAUUUUGUCAGCGCCUGUUGAAAAGGUCUGUUGUGGUACAGGAGAACUUGCGUGCACACACAGAUCUGGGAUCAGAUUACGCCCCCUCCAUGGUUGUUAAAAAGGUGGCCUGUCUGAUCUGUGAUCAGGUAGAGGCAGCGUUUUUGGUGAGGGCUUUGCUGCUAUACAGGCACGUUUUUUUUUGUUUGUUUUUUUUCUUUUUUUCUUUUUUCUUUUUUACAUGUGACUGAAAAACCUAUGAGCAGUUCAAAUUUGUGUAUGUGUGUAUAGUGAAGUGCCAAGAAGAGUGAGGAAAAUACCUCAGUUGGUGAUUGCAAUUACUUUCCAAAAGUGUAAAGUGAUGAGAUUAUUGAGCAAACGGAGUACCAUCAAACAAUUCUGGAAAGCACCUGCAAUGGACUCUUAAUUUAUUAUUGAAGAUAUUUUAAAAAGGCGUCUUAGAUUUUAUUCAGAGAAACAUAAUAUACUGUAGGUAUAUAAGUUAAAUUAGUUUGUAUAUAAUGGCAGUUCCAUUCACAACGAACAAGUCAGCUUGUAGUAGCUUUUGAGUAGCUUUUAUAAUUUAUCAUGUACGUGUAUCAGUAUGUUGUUGUUUGGGGCCUUUUAUUGUGCUACAGAUGCAAAAAGUGAUCACUCAACAGUAUCACUGAUAAGACUAUCAUCAGUAUUAGAAUAGACGGAAAUCCCACACUGUGUCAUCAGUCUGUGCAAUGAUCAGAGUAAUUUAAAUAAUCACCAUUGACCAUGUUGCAGCCAGAACUAAAUACUAGAUACUCCAAAAUGUCACUUUAAUGUGGAUAUUGUCUGAACUAUUAGAUCUUGAUUACCCUUGAAGUAGUCCACAACUGUAAAUAAAUGAAUUCACCUAUGAUAGCACUUCAAGACCCUGUCCACCGUCAUUAAGUCUAAUCAAAGAUGUUCCCACUUCAGGACUGUCCUGCUUGUUACUCUACUUUGACAUUACUGUUACAUUUGUUAUCACGCGUUCCUUCAGUAUGUGUUGACACUGUACAGAUAUAUUUUGGCAUAUAGAAGUAUUUUUUGUAACGACAUUUACCUGUUGGAGGUGCGUACUGAUGAAGAUGCAGAAGGAAGUGUGUUGAGAGCAAAGUGUAGCCGAGGAGGCAAGGUGUAUGAAGUCUCACUGAGGCUUUGUUGUGGUAUUGUAUGAAAUCCAGUGAGUAUACUGAGAAAAUCACACUAUUUUUUCCAACUCUGAAUUCAUUUUCUUUUCAGUUAACUAAAUAUGCCCAAUUGUUCAUGGAUUUCUGUUUUUUGUUUUUCUAUUCCUUUGAGCUUUAUUAAAAUGCCAGCUAUCAACAGUA